GCGGCCGCACGCACGCCGCGCCCACCACCACCACCAUUCCCCCCCUCCGAUCCCACCCGCCCGCCGCUAGAUCCGGCCCACGCCGCCUCCCCCUCCCGCCGCCCGCCCGCCUUCGCCCGCCGAAGCGGGAGGAGGCCUGCCAGAGUGUGGGGGACUCCCGGUCUCCCGCCGCGCUUCGCCCACGGGAGGGAGGCGGGGAGAGGAGCGCAGGCGCAGCGAUGGCGCGGCGGGUGCGGCCGUCACACCUGGUCCUCGCGCUGGGCGCCGCGUAUCUCCUCCUCAUUUCCCUAAAGUUCCGUCGAGUGCUCGACCUGGCAGCCGCGAACCUCGCUGCAACCGACCCCGCGCCUUCUCCCCCUUCCUCCUCCGACCACCUCCCCCCGGGCGCUCCAUCCAACUCCACCCCCACCCCCUCCCCGCACCUCACCGUCCAGCCAUUCUGGCACCGCUACGACCGCGUCUCCCUCCCGGACCCCUCCACCCACACCCGCGACCGCGCCUCCGCGCUCGACCGCAUGGCCGACGACGCCUGGUCCCUCGGCCUCACGGCGUGGGAGGAGGCCGCGUCCUUCGCGGGCGACCCCUGGGCGCUGCUCGCCUCCGCCACCGCCCGCGCCUCCGACGCCUCCAGGUGCCCCUCCGCCGUCUCCCAGCGCGCCAGGGGGCGGGUCGUCUUCCUCCCCUGCGGCCUCGCCGCGGGCUCCUCCGUCACCGUCGUCGCCACGCCCCGCGCCGCGCACAGGGAGUACGUGCCGCAGCUCGCGCGGAUGCGCCAGGGGGACGGCACCGUCAUGGUCUCGCAGUUCAUGGUCGAGCUCCAGGGGCUGCGCGCCGUUGAUGGAGAGGAGCCGCCCAGGAUACUGCACCUCAACCCGAGGCUCAGGGGGGACUGGAGCCAGCACCCCAUCCUCGAGCACAACACAUGCUACAGGAUGCAGUGGGGCGCCGCGCAGCGUUGCGACGGCACGCCCACCGACGACAACGAGGACAAGGUUGAUGGAUUCCCCAAAUGUGAGAAAUGGAUACGUAAUGAUAUUGUUGACACCAAGGAGUCGAAGACAACUUCAUGGUUGAAGAGAUUCAUAGGGCGUGCAAAGAAACCAGCCAUGACAUGGCCAUUCCCCUUUGUAGAGGAGAGGCUGUUUGUUUUGACUAUACAGGCCGGAGUUGAAGGUUUCCACAUUUACGUCGGCGGUCGACAUGUGACAUCUUUUCCUUAUCGACCAGGGUUCACUCUUGAAGAAGCAACAGGAUUAUUUGUUAAGGGAGAUGUAGAUGUACAUUCAGUUUAUGCCACUGCUCUUCCUAUGUCUCAUCCUAGUUUUUCUCUUCAACAAGUCCUUGAGAUGUCAGAAAAGUGGAGGUCUCGGCCACUCCCAAAACGUCCUGUUUCCCUUUUCAUUGGAAUAUUGUCUGCGUCGAAUCAUUUUGCUGAGCGCAUGGCUGUGAGAAAAACAUGGAUGCAGACUCCAGAAAUUAAGUCUUCUGAAGCAGUUGCUCGAUUCUUUGUUGCACUGAAUUCAAGGAAAGAGGUCAAUGUAAUGCUGAAGAAAGAAGCAGAAUACUUUGGAGACAUUGUCAUUUUGCCAUUCAUAGAUCGUUAUGAGCUGGUUGUUCUGAAGACAAUUGCUAUUUGUGAGUAUGGGGUCCAGAACUUGACUGCUGCAUACAUAAUGAAAUGUGAUGAUGAUACAUUUGUUAGGGUAGAUGUGGUUCUUAGACACAUCAAGUUGAACAACGGUGGCAAACCGUUGUAUAUGGGGAACCUUAACCUCUUGCACAGACCAUUGAGAACCGGAAAAUGGGCAGUUACAGAUGAGGAAUGGCCUGAAGAUAUCUACCCGCCUUAUGCAAAUGGACCGGGCUAUGUAAUCUCUGGUGACAUAGCAAAGUUCAUUGUAUCUCAGCACGCCAACCAGAGUUUAAGGCUAUUUAAGAUGGAAGAUGUAAGUAUGGGUCUAUGGGUUGAAAAAUUCAAUUCCACGACGCCUGUCCAGUACUCCCACAGCUGGAAGUUCUGCCAGUACGGUUGCCUGGAGAACUACUACACUGCCCACUAUCAGUCGCCUAGGCAGAUGGUGUGCUUGUGGGAUAAGUUGAUCCGCGGCCGGGCAUCCUGCUGUAACUACAGAUAGCGCAGUGAAAGAUUGGCAUCCCACUAUCCCAGCCAGGUUUAGUUUGCUUGGCUGGUGUUUUCUUUUUUCUGACACGGAUCGAUAGCGUAGGUGUUUUUGCUCAUCCAUUGCCGGCUCAACUUUGAGCCAAAAGAAUGGAUGCAGAGGUUGGAGCUUGAAGAUUAGGAAGCCCCAGCCAGUGCAUUCGCCUGAUCUGCAUUUGACAUCUUGUGGCGUUGCCAUUGGCAUCCUGGUUCUUGUAAUUGAUCCCAAUUUUGAUGUGGUAGGUCAGAUUAGCAUAAUCAGAUCAGAUUGUAUGCCCCUAUUCUUGUAACUAGACGACACGGAAUGCUGUCUGUCCUUUGCUCGGUCUCCUGCUGGUGCUAAAAUGUGAAAUCAGCACCAUUCCUUUCUUUCAAACUUUUGUUUAAUUUAUAAUUUAUUAUGGCACGUUUGAACGCAA